AUGAUAGAGCAGCCGAAUUCCGAAGAUUACGAUUCAGAUGAUCCUGAGAGAGCUUCAACAGGGCGUCUUAUUUGGAAACCUCUAAAAGGCAUUACUGCUAGUCUCCGAUCCAAAGAUUUCCAAUGCAAAAAAUGCGGUGAAGACAUCGUAGAUCCGGUAGUGACGGCCUGCUGCAACAAUUAUGUUUGCCGGAAAUGCUGGAUAGACGAUACAAAGCUCGAUAAAACUUAUCACACCAACUGUCCUAUUUGUGAUAAAGAAGUAAGCCUCGAUUUGCUAAAUGGACCAUGGCGUCCUCCACCAACAUUUUACCCUGCUUCGGAGUUUUAUCUGAAGAUGAUGAAUAAACUAUUGGUCCGAUGCUCUGAUAAAGAAUGCAAGAUGGAAAUGAAGUAUCCGGACUUCGACGAGCACUGGGAAAUAUCAUGUAGAUGGCUUGUCAGAUGUGAUUUUUGCGCUGCGGAAAGUCGUGUAAUUGAUCGUCACUUGUGCGAGCAAAAAUUUCAGGAAAAAGAAGAAGAGAUGAAAAAACAGCUCGAAAAUCAAAAAGAAAAGUACAGGGGGCGUAAAAUGGUUAAUUCCGCGCUCCAGCUGACUGGAUAUGUCGCUGGUCUUAUUGGAUCAGCGCUGUCCCUGGUGACCUGUGUGAUGCCGGAGUGGCGACGACAAGACAUGGUCGGAGAAGUCAUCGAAAUGCAAGUAAAGAAGCAAGGAAUCUGGUGGAACUGCCAGUACUUCUCCACCGGCCAGUGGCACUGCGACGACUUUGACCGAAUGCUCCUUGGUCUCCCGCCAGAGUUGCAGGCUGCUAGAGCGUUGAUGGUCAUCGCCUGCCUUUUUGGCUUCCUUGGCUAUAUUUUGUCGAAUGUUGGACUUUCGUGCACUAGCAUGAUGCAAGAUUCUCAAGAAUCAAAGAGAAAAGUUGCAAUUACUGGUGGAGUUUUCUGGCUGCUCAACGGUCUUUGCACUGGAGUAGCAGUAAGCUUCUACGCUGCAUUGGUGGUUCAAGACUUUUACCAAUCAGGUGGCAUGAGUGGAAUCGGCCUCAGCUCUGCAGGAGGCGUCAACUCCAUGGGUGCCGCUGGAACAAGAUUCGUCUACGGAACGGCGCUGUUUCUUGGCUGGGCGGCGAUGGUGCUUGGAAUAAUCGGCGGCGCGUGUCAAAUCUCCGCCACCUGCUCCGACAACGAUGACGAUGACGACGACACCUACGGCGGCCCGAUUCCCAACACCAACAGAUACAACCCUCCUCCUCGCUCCGAAUUUAUUUAA